UGUUUAUUGCUUACUUCACGUUGAGGCGAAGUAUUUGAUUUUUGCUAAAAUGGAUAUUUUACACGACGAAGAGUAUUAUAGAAGUAGGAUACCCGAGCCGGAUCUGGGACCGGUACAAAAUUUCAUGCGAUUCGUUUGGAAUCCAGACCGGAAGACUGUCCUCGGUAGAACUGCGCAAGAGUGGGUUUUGCUGGUAUUCUUCUACACAUGUUUCUUCAGCGUGUUGGGAUCCCUCUUCGCGUUGCAGAUGUGGAUCAGCAUCGACUACGUUUCGAAAUUGGACCGACCGUAUUUUCUUUAUAGCGGCUUGAUUCCUAGAUCUUACUUCCGUAGCAAAAUUCCGCUUUUUCGUCAGCUAGAAAUAAGUAGUCCAGGGAUUGUUUUCAAACCGACUAUUUUGCUACCAACAAAGUCCCCAAUUAUUUGGAUAGAUAAUUCAAGUGUGAAUGCUCGGCCAAAGAGAUACAUAGAAGCCUUGACUGAUUUUUUGCAAGAAUAUAAUAAAAGUAAAGAGAAUUACAAGACAGAUGCGGAAUGCAGUGAUGAAGCACCAAUUUCGUCCGAUAUAAAACCUUGUUUCUUCGAUAUAGAAAGCCUCGGCGUUUGCGGAAAACCGCCCUAUGGAUACACGUAUCCAACACAGCCAUGUGUUCUCAUUAAGUUUAAUAAGGUGAAUCUUGCUUCUGCAUCUUGGCUCGGAAAUAUAUUCAUCCAUAAUUGCAUUUUUAUUGUAUUUUACCAUGAAUUCGAAAUUAUUUGUAAAUCGAUUAUGUUGCAGAGGUUCGAUUGGGUACCAGUUCAUUAUAAUAAAUCUUCCCAGUUACCAGAAAACAUGCCGCAUACUUUGCAAGAAUCCGUGCGAUCUUCGAACAAGCUUCAGAUCUGGUUAUGGUGCGACGGAGCGAAUAACAUCGACAAGGAACACGUCGGCGAAAUUGAGUAUUUACCGAAUCCCGGCUUCCCCGUGCAUUACUUCCCGUUUGCAGGUCAAACGGAUUAUUUGGCUCCCAUGGUCGCGCUACGGUUUAAAAACGUCACACCAUUCAGGUUGCUCACAGUGGAAUGCAGCUUGUGGGCGUUGAACAUCAACGAGAACGCGCGAAACGCGUUGGAUUUUCAGAUAAUUUUGGGGGAAUCGUAGAACGUGACGUGAGUUGACGAGUCUUCAAUGUAUCUCGCAUAUUUGUCGAUUUGGAGACGUGAUAUUAAUAAUAAUUCAGGAUAAGAGUAUUAAUAAUAAGAUAUUCAGGAAUAAAAAAAUUAAUGUUUUUCUGUUCAAAGGAUACAAUUAGAAUUAAUUACUCGGCCACCAAUGAUUCCUUUAUUAUCGUGUUACAUUCGUUAUACAUUGAAUAUAUAAUAUUCUUCAGAUAGCAUUUUUUGUAUGCAGAACGUAACAUCUGAGGUACAUCUAUAAAAAAAUUCAGGCCAACGAUCGACAAUGUAUUUCCGUGAAUUGAACUCGACGUGAGAUUGCCGCAUAUCCAGACAGCGAAACUUAACGUUCUCCAUUGGUCUCGUUCAGAUUGUAAGAGGCUAAAUCGACGGAUCGAAAUUAGAGAGCUUUCGUAGACUUUUUUAAUUUAAUUACUUUUAUUAUGCGAACGAUGAAGUGACAUGAUGAAGCUCCGUUUAUCGACAGAUAUGCGGUCUGUACAUUCGGCAGAAUUGUGCUAUAUAGAAUUCAUUGCGCUUCUCGGACUCGCUGUUCCGUCCGAAAUCAGCAGUGCUCUUUGGAAAUUAAAGGAUGACAAAAUGUAUAUAUAAGAGAGCAAAAAUAAAGAAAGAGGAAAUAGGAAACGACUAGACAGAGAGAGAGAAAGACAAAAGAUGAAGAGAAUGUCAGAACUUGAAUAUAAGAUAAAAAGAUACAGAAGGACAGAGACAAAAAA